GAUCCAGACUACAACAAGAUGGCUGACCAGGACCCGGGGGGCAUUAGCCCCCUCCAACAAAUGGUGGCCUCGGGCGCUGGGGCAGUGGUCACCUCUCUCUUCAUGACGCCCCUGGACGUGGUGAAGGUGCGUCUGCAGUCCCAGCGCCCCUCGGUGGCCACCGAACUGAAGCCGCCCUCUAGACUCUGGAGCAUGUCCUACACCAAAUGGAAGUGCCUCCUGUACUGCAACGGUGUCCUGGAGCCCCUCUACCUGUGCCCACACAGCGCGCGCUGCGCCACCUGGUUUCAUGACCCCACCCGAUUCACCGGCACCACGGAUGCCUUUGUGAAGAUUGUGCGGCACGAGGGCGCCAGGACCCUGUGGAGUGGUCUCCCAGCCACCCUGGUGAUGACUGUGCCGGCCACUGCUAUCUACUUCACCUCCUACGACCAACUCAAGACCUUCCUGUGUGACCGAGCCUUGACCUCCGACCUCUAUGCCCCCAUGGUGGCUGGCACUCUGGCCCGCUUGGGCACUGUGACUGUGGUCAGCCCCCUGGAGCUGGUGAGGACGAAGCUACAGGCUCAGCACGUGUCCUAUCGGGAGCUGGGCGCUUGUGUGCAGGCCGCAGUGGCUAGGGGCGGCUGGCGCUCCCUGUGGCUGGGCUGGGGGCCCACCGCCCUUCGGGACGUGCCUUUCUCAGCCCUGUAUUGGUUUAACUACGAGCUGGUGAAGAGCUGGCUGAAUGGGCCCAGGCCAAAGGACCAGACAUCCGUGGGCAUCAGUUUUGUGGCUGGCGGAAUCUCAGGGAUGGUGGCAGCCAUCCUGACUCUGCCCUUUGACGUGGUGAAGACC